UUACAAAAACGCCCCUCGCCCGCCGCCUAUUUGUAUUUCUUUCUCCUCGCGCCUCGUCUUCCUUCCCCAACCCGGCGGCUGCGGCUCUCCCGGAGAAAGAAACCUCGAAACCCUCGCCGCCGCUGCCGAGUCGUCCUCGGAAAGGAGGAAGAAGCCGCUGCCGCAGGACGCAUGGAGGGCGUCAACGGCGCCGGGGCGGAGUGCGAGCCGAAGCCGCUGUCGGAGGUGGUGGACGACUGCGUCCAGCGCUGGUUCCAGGACGCGUUCAAGGAGGCGCGCCGCGGCGACACCGCCAUGAUGGUGCUCGUCGCCCAGAUGUACCACUCAGGAUACGGGGUCCCCAAGAACGAGCACAAGGGAAGAGUAUGGAUGGAAAGGGCAUCAAGAUUCAGGUCUUCAGCUUGGAAGGUUGGCACUAAACGUCCAGGAUAUAAUGCUAGCGACUCUGAUUCUGAUGAGGCAGAUAUUGAUGCCAAACAAUAACAGUUAGUUCUGAGUCGAGUUUGAUAGGAGAGUUACAGGGUAAUUACAAAGGUGGUGGUUUAACUAGCGUCAGUCCCAGCAACUUUGGUCUGGGAUUGCUUUCGAUUGGGAAUCAGCUGUGUGGGUUAUGAAGUAAAUUUUGUAAACCCAUUUGGAUAACUCAAACGGACACAGUACUCAGUAUCUGCUUGAAAAAACGAGGGAACUUCAGUUUUGCAAUGUUUCA